AUGCGGUCGGAAUGUACCGGCUUGGCCUUACUCGGCCUUCAUCUUACUACGUAUUUCAAGUUUGAGCUGGAGGACAUCUUGGACACCUUGGACAUGUUGGAGAUACUACCACCUACCGGUACUGGACACGCUGGACAUGCUGGACAUGCUCGCCUUCGCGAAGCCUGGGCGAACCAGGGCAGGGCAGGGGAGCCCAGAGUUGCAGAGUUGCAGACUUGCAGACUUGCGGACUUGCAGUGCCCAAAUCGAAACCACCACCAACCAUCCCUAUUACCACAGCGGUCCAGCCACCUACAAUCCCCCAUCACAACAACACACUUCGAACAGCACAGUCACAACGACACGGUCACCACGACAAACCUACUAUCAACCUACUAUCAACCUACUAUCACCGUCCUGCUUCCAAUACUGCCCGCCAGCGUCGCUGCUGCCGUCACGUCCGCCUGCUCCUGUUCCUCAUACCUCCCACCCUCUCCUCUUCACCUUCACCCUCGUCCCCCUCGUCUACGACUAUCCACUCCCAUGAAGAUAAACUCGCCCGUCAGUAUGGCCUUCGCACCGCCACGGCGGAGCUCCGGAUGGGCCAGGAUCCUGCUGAUGUCGAUCCUCAUUGUCUGCGCCCUCUUCUACAUGCGCAACCCGCACCCGACCCUCUCCAUGAAUGAGCCCAUGGAUGCGACACCAGGCCAUCUGCCAGGCACCCCCGCAGAUUCAGCGAAGCCCCAGAAACCUGCUGCUGAAGCGCACCCGAUCGAUACCCUGAUCAAAGCUGCCGAUAAAGUCUACGAGGACCUGUUGAAGAAGGAGAGCCACGAUAUCAAGAGCGCGGCCGCAGAUUACAGAAAACGGCGCGGGCGCCACCCUCCCCCUGGCUUCGACCUCUGGUACAAGUUUGCGACAGAGCAUGGAGCGGUCAUGGUGGAGGAUUUCUUCGAUCAGAUCUACCACGACUUGGCGCCCUUCUGGGGCCUUCCGCCAAGUACCAUGCGGAAAGAGGCGUGGGACUACGAGAUGACCAUCAAUAUCCGGAAUCACACUGCAGUAGCAGGCAGUGAUUGGUUCUGGACGCGCAUCUGGCAGAACCUGACACAGACGAUUGAGCACUUGCUGCCGGAUAUGGAUUUGGCCCUCAAUGCGAUGGACGAGCCGAGAAUCGUGGCGCCGUGGGAGGAGAUAAGCAAGCUGAUGGAGAUAGAGCAGCAAACGCGCAGUAUGCCUCCUCCCGCGGAGGUCGUCACGGAAUUCUCGUCGUUGUCCGCGAAGCCGGAGCCCGAAGUUAAAGUGCGGGAUAAGAACUGGGAAAAUACUCGUAGGUCUUGGUGCACCAGGAACACAAAUCGCUUUACUGACUUCUCAGGUCCUUUCUGGAAGGUUGCAUCCAGAGGCUGCCAUCCCGAGAGUCUGGCGCGUACAACAGAAGACAUGACAGACUUCUCCCAUACGGCCCAGAUCUCCCUUGCCAACACGGUUCCACAUACCUACAAAGGCUAUGUUUCGAAUUUCACCUUGUCAUCCGAUUUCUGCCACCAGCCAGACCUGCAGGCUCUCCACGGCAUGAUGAUCAACCCGCUCUCGGUGUCCUCCACCAAGACGUUCUUUCCUAUGUUCGGCGGAUCCAAACUGCCCACGAACAACGAAAUCCUGCUCCCUGCGCCCAUGUACUGGAAUGGCGAAGAGCGCUUCUCCGGCGGUGACGACCACGGUCUGCCCUGGCUCGAGAAGCAAAACAAGGUCAUCUGGCGAGGGGUAGCAACCGGAGGCCGCCACAACGAGCUCAACUGGAAAGGCUUCCAACGUCACAGAUUCGUCGCCAUGACCAACGCAACCCAAGUCUCGGGCGCCGAGGCCUGGACUCUGCACCCUGACAACUGGGCCCUCCCGACCACAAACUUUAAUCUGGCCGCGCAGCAGGAGAAUAGGCUAGGCGAGUGGACCAGCGAGUGGGCCGACACGGGCUUCAUGGACCUGAUGUGCCCGCCCGAAGAGGCGAGCUGCGAAUACAUGAAACAUCAUUUCAAAAUGCUGCCUGGUAUGAAGAUGGCUGAGCAGUUUGGCCGGAAGUAUGUCCCCGACAUCGACGGCAACUCCUUCUCUGGGCGGUACCGGGGCUUCCUGUUGUCCACGUCCCUGCCGAUCAAGGCGACGAUCUUUAGAGAAUGGCACGACUCGCGGCUGGUGCCGUGGAAGCACUUCGUGCCGAUGGACAACCGGUUCAUGGACUUUUGGGGCAUCAUGGAGUACUUCUUGGGGUACGAGGGGGAGAAUAUCAAGAUUGAGGGACACGAUGAGCAAGCACAGAAAAUCGCGGAGGAGGGCCAGAGUUGGGCGAACAAGGUGCUCCGGCGGGAGGACAUGCAGAUCUAUGUGCUGAGACUUCUACUGGAGUACGCAAGGCUGUGCGACGAUCGGAGGGAGAAGAUGGGCUGGGUGGAGGAUCUGUUGGAGAAGUGGGGAGAAGAGGAUAUGAACGAAAGCGGCCCGAGGCAAUCAGCGGGCUCGGGCACCACCAACACACUUGGACCACGUCUUGCAGCAGCAGCAGCAGCAGAGAAAAUCAAAGUAGCAUGCGUGCAUGGCUGGCGUACGGCGCAAAAGUAA